CCUAGGGCGGUAAAGUAAGAAAUGUCUCAGAGCACAUGUAAUUGUUGUCUUAGGCGAAGCCGAGGUCAACAAACAUGUGCUCUAAGGCUUUCUUAUUUACUGCCCAUGGAAUAGGUUCAUUCGUAUGCAUAGAAUUAAAUAUUUUUGAUCGAUGUACAAUGACAAGGGGAUUCACCUUAUAUGAACAAUUGCUAUAUUCACAAUCAACAAAAAUAAUUGAUUUAUUAUUAAUAAAUAUACAACAAUUACGAAAUAUAUUUAUUUUAUGUGCAAACGAUGAUUAUUUUACACGAUGAAGCUUAUUACAAAAGUAGAAAACCACAACCGGAUUUAGGCCGGGUUGGUAAUUUGUUGCGAUUCAUUUGGAAUGGUGAAGAAAAGACAAUAUUUGACAGAACUGCAAGGGAAUGGGGCGAAGUGGUCAUCUUUUACUUCUUCUUUUUUGGUGUGCUUGGUGCAAUUUUUGCAUUACAAAUGCAUUUGAGUCUUCUGCAUAUAAAGGAUAUAAAAAAACCAUUCUUUAUAUACAGUGGCUUGCUUAACGUUAGAAAUCUUGUUCAAGAUCUUCGUUUAUUGCCAACAUCUCUGUUUAUUGAAAAUCCAGGAAUUGAUUACAAACCAAACAUUCCAUUACCUCUUACUUCACCGAUCAUUUGGAUAAGCGAAAAAGACAAAAAUGCUCGAUCCAAACGAUAUGCUCAAGCUUUAACAGACUUUUUAAAAGAUUAUAAAAUGAAUACCUCCCAUCAAGAAUUAAAAUGCAAUAAGGGUGAAUUGAGAGUAGAUAAUAAGUUAAAGCCUUGUUUUUUCGAUAUAAAGAGUUUGGGUACUUGUAGUAAACCUCCUUACGGAUAUACUACACCAAUUCAACCUUGUGUUCUAAUUAAAUUCAAUAAAAGACUUGAUUGGAUUCCACGUUAUUAUAAUCGGUCUUCUGUGUUACCACAUAAUAUGCCAAAUCUGUUGAAAAAUAUCAUUAAGAAAUCGGAACAAGUUUACAUUUGGUUAUCUUGCAGUGGAGUAGACAAUAUAGACAAGGAACAUAUAGGAAAGAUUGAAUAUAUUCCUAAUCCUGGCUUUCCCAUUGAAUAUUUUCCAUUUAGGGGACAAAAAGAUUACGUAUCUCCUAUUGUUGCUCUAAAAUUUCCAAAUCUGACACCAAAUAGACUAUUGACAGUACAAUGUGUCGUGUGGACUUCUAGUUUAGUGCAAUCCUCUAGCUACUAUUUGGAUUUUCAAAUAAUCAUAGGUAAAACAUUAUAUUUAGAAAAUCUAUAAAUUGCUAAGAUUUAAACGUUGGUAUAUAUGUAUACAUAUUCACAUAGAAAUAUAUGUGUAUAACCAUUUUUAUUGCAGAAAAAUAAUUGGAAGAAUUGAAGACAUUAAAGAAAUAAGUUCAAGUUAUUAAAAUAGAACUAAAUAAAACAUAUUUAGUUAAUUUAGCAUUUAAUACAGUUAGCGUUAUAUGACUUGGAAACUAGUAAGUAAUAUACAUACGGAAUUUAACAAAUAAAGUAGUUAAAAAUAAAAAUAAAACGAUGAUAAAAAAAGAAAGAAAAAAAAAAUAUCUCCUUUAAUGAGCAUCUGUAAUUGUAAGCAUCUGUAAAUUUAUUUGAAUAUCUUUUUGCAUAGGAAGGAACGAAAAAACAAUUUAUCUCAAAUAUAAAACAUUCAACGCGCACAAUCAAUCACUGGUGUGUAUUGUAAUGAAAUAACAUGAAGGUAUAUUAGCGGGCACAGCAGCGAUUGCAACACCAAAUUCCCUACACAAUUACAAUAUGUUUUAUCGAUUAGUACUAUAGUAUACUUUACUACUUAGAUACGUCGCGUAUGAAAGAGAAUAAAGUUUCUAUCUUUGAUUUUAACGAAAAUAAUGUAAGUCAACGUCAAAACGUUGAUAAUUGAUUAAAAAAAAGCGUUAAACGUUAGUUUCCGUUCUUAUCUUGUUUCUUUGGGAACGAUUGCAGCACCAUCAGCGGAUUUUCUUAGGUGAUAGAAGUAAAGUGGGGGCGCGAUGGAAGGUUCGCUGUAGUGAUUACGUCGGCAGGAGUGUUGACGUUUAUUUGAAGGAUACGGAAGCUAUGAAUAGU